AUGGCCCGGGUUUGCAAAUUGCAGUACGAACUCAUAGUUAAUGGUAUAGCUUGCGGAAGUAGUUGGACAAUAAAUACAUAUAUGGAUUUAAAAUUUUUAAAUAACAGUAUUAGAAAUAUUAGGGAAAUGUUAAAAUCAAUUGAACUAAUUGUGUUCAAAGAUAUAUCUAUAACUUUGUAUCAGUUAAAAAAACACGCUAAUAGAUUGGAAAACGAGAUAGGUUUAAUUGUACAAAUGAGUAGACAUAAGAAAAAAGUUAAGCGAUCUAUUGAGUUUGGGGGUACGAUAUUAAAAUGGAUGUAUGGAGUAGCUGAUGCUGACGAUGUACGAAGAUAUGAUAGUACGAUCGAAUUCAGUGGCACCGAGUACGUACUUUAG